AUGGUUCUAACUUUGUACCAGCAAUCUAGUAGAAAGAAGGAAAGGUUGCUAAAGAUCUUUGAGGGUUGGUGUGACAAUGCAUUAGAUCUGAUACUGGCCACAGAAGAAGAGGCAAUUCUGCGACGAGACAUAUACGACAGGAUACCAACGUUAACAUGGGGAAAGGGUCGAGUUAGUUUGCUUGGUGAUUCUGUCCAUGCUAUGCAGCCAAAUAUGGGCCAAGGAGGAUGCAUGGCUAUUGAGGACAGUUAUCAACUAGCAUGGGAGUUGGAGAAUGCAUGGGAGAAAAGUGUAAAAUCAGGGUCUCCAAUUGAUAUUGAUUCUUCCCUAAGGAGACAAAAUAAGGAGAAGGAGGAGAAAGGAUCAGCUGGAACAUUCCAGUUUAUUUCUAGAGUAGAAAAAGAAUUCCUUAAGGCUUCUUACACUGCCAGCACUGGCGAGGAGCUUGAGGAUGGAUUAUUGACGAAAACAAAGAGGGCUCCAAAGGUUGAAGUUGGGACUAGAUCAACAGAUGCUUCAAUGGUUUAA